UUCAGGCCUGUGUGGACUUUUCUGGGCCACGCCAGCAUAGUAUGACAGUGUCACAGCCCCCCACCCCUUUUUUAGACCACGUACUGCGACCCCCUCCUCACAGACUCACAUAGCGAUCAAGCGUCUGAGUGGUGCAUCUGGUUGCUGUUUUGGUUCCUGUGGUUCCAUGAGUGGAAGUGGAAGAACCCAGCAAUAAGCGAUGGACAGGGAACUUCAUCUGCGUCGAGCAGAGACUUUCUCCUUCAUUAACCCGUGGAUUCGAUAUUUUCUUUUCUUCUUCAGCUUCCUGUUUUGGGUGUUCUCCUUGUUGAUUGUUGCCAUUGGAGUGUAUGCUAAAGUCCAGAAAGCCACAGACACGGUGCGGGACACGUUCCUGAUCGACCCAGCUGUCAUCCUAAUUGUAGUGGGGGUGGUCAUGUUCUUCAUCACUUUCUGUGGCUGUGUUGGAGCCCUCCGAGAAAACAUUUGCCUCCUCAAAACAUUCUCCUUCAGUCUGACUUUGGUUUUCCUCACCCAGCUGGCCAUAGCGAUUCUGGGCUUUUUCUACGCAGACCAGACCCGUGAAGCCUUGGGAAGGUUUGUGAAGAAAAGCAUUGUGCACUACAGGGAUGACCUGGAUCUGCAGAACUUGAUGGAUUACAUUCAGAAAGAGUUUCAGUGUUGUGGAUGGAACAACUACACAGACUGGUCCUGGAACCUGUACUUCAAUUGUUCUAAAGCCAACCCCAGCUCAGAGCGCUGCGCCGUUCCCUAUUCCUGCUGCCCUCCCACUCCUGGAGAGGCAGUAAUCAACACUAUGUGCGGCUUUGGGGUGCAAGCCCUGGACUACCUGGAGGCAAACAAGUCAAUCUACCCAGUAGGCUGUGCAGACGGAGCCGUGUUGUGGAUCGAGUCCCAUCUGUUACUGGUGGGAGCCCUCGCGCUGGGUUUGGCUCUGCCUCAGAUUGCAGGCAUUGUGCUAUCCCAGAUCCUGAUCUCUCAGAUCCAAGAUGAGAUUACUUCGCUGCCCUAAGCACGAGCGAACAAAGAGGAAGUAAGGAGAGGAAGACGAAUGGAAGAGGAAGUAAAUGGCAGUUGGAGUGAGUCCAAAGGCACUCACAAGGACACUUUUUCAUUGCUCUUAUAUGACUGCUCUGUUCAUGUUCUUCUACAUGUGAGCCAUUCAACUAUGUUAUGUCCAUUUUAAAUAUGUAAUGGAAUUGAACAUAUAUCUGAAUAAAUCUGCCUUUUCAAAUAUAAUCAC